ACCACGAUGCACGUCAGUGGAUGGUGCGGCGGAUUAUAUACAUGGAUCGUGUAGAUAGUAAACAAGUCGCACAACAGCUGUGACUUUACUUAUCUAGUCAUUAUCGAGAUAAAUGAGGAACGUCGCCGACGAAUCCGUCGUUAAAGUGUGAAUCUUCAAAGGAAAAGUCGAAAUUGGCUAAGCAAAUUAUGCCUGGAGAAUCUUGUGACAGUCCGAUGAAUCAACGGACUGCUUAGGUUAUGUUAUUCCGUCAAAGUGUUCGUAUUUUAUUGAGAACCUCGUCAGCCGCUACGUAAAGAGGAAUUAAGACUAUAAUGGGCGAUCACAUCGGCGAUAAUAUAUUAAUUCCGCAAGUUGAUAAUGUUGUAUUGGUCGAUAAAAGCGAUGGCAAUAACAAGAGCAUGGAUGGGACGCUGUGCAUUAGCGGUCACCACCUCAUCUUGUCCUCCAGGCAGGAUGACGGACAGGAGCUUUGGUUGAUGAACCGAAAUAUCGACAUCGUAGAAAAGAAACUGAAUGCUCAAAGCUCGGGUGGUAGCAUAAUAUUGAAGUGCAAGGAUUUUCAAAUUCUUCAGUUAGAUAUUGGUUCUACUAACGAUUUAAUCAACGCCAUACUAUCUAUAGAGAAGCUUAUAUCACUAGACCAAACUUUACAAUAUCCAUUCUUCUAUCGACCACAGACAACUAACAACAUCAUGGUACAAAUAGAAGAUGGAUGGACAGCGUUUGCACCUGUCUCCGAAUGGUCUAGGUUGUUGGCGGCUCACGGAGAUGAGUGGCGUAUCAGUUACCUGAACAGAGACUACAAAAUUUGUAUAUCGUAUCCGUCGGCAGUUAUAGUACCGCGUCAAGUAGACGACAAAGUUGUAAUAGCUUCAGCUGGCUUUAGAGAUGGUGGAAGAUUCCCAGUUUUAUGUUACAGACACGAAGGAGGGAGUAUAUUGUUGAGAAGCAGUCAACCGUUAUGCGGUGCUACCGGUAAGAGAUGCAAAGAAGAUGAAAAACUGUUAAAUGCAGUUCUAGGUCCCGGAAGACGUGGGUACAUAGUGGACACAAGAUCGGUUAAUCAGGCACAGAGUGCCAGAGCCAGAGGCGGAGGCACAGAAAUGGACGCGGCUUAUCCGCAAUGGCGAAAAGUACAUAAACCAGUUCCUCGACCACAUGAAUUAGCCGAUAGUUUCUACAAAUUAAUAGAAGCUUGCAACGAUGUCAACAGUUCCACUUCGCAAUGGCUGUCGAAAUUGGAUAGCAGCGGAUGGUUAACCGCCGUACAGAGUGCUUUAAAUGCUGCCUGUGUAACCGCGCAGUGUCUGCAUCAAGAAGCCGCGGCAGUGCUAGUGCACGGCAGCACAGGCAGGGACUCUACAUUGGUGGUAACCAGUUUGGCUCAGGCAAUACUAAAUCCUGAUUGUCGAACAGUACGAGGACUUCAAGCGCUCAUAGAGCGUGAGUGGCUACAAGCCGGCCAUCAAUUUUUCAGUCGGACCCGUUGUGGAGCCUAUCAACCCUCAAACUCGCAAAAUCCGACACACGCGCCAACUUUUUUGCUUUUCCUCGAUUGCCUAUACCAGUUGCAUCAUCAAUUCCAAUUUAGCUUCGAGUACACCGCGGAUUUACUCGUAAAAUUGUACAAGCACGCCUAUUCUUCGAACUAUGGUACAUUUUUAGGUGAUUCUGAAGCGGAAAGAAUAAAAUUACGGCUGUCUGAACGGACUUAUAGUUUAUGGUCGUACAUGAAUCAACCGGACGUUUUGGAACAGUGGAUAAAUCCAUUGUACGAGCCUAAUCCGGGAGUGAUUUGGCCCAGCGUUGCACCUAUCAGUAUUCGACUAUGGAGAGAACUGUAUCUCGCGCAUACGAGCGCAGCCCCAUGGGAUGGCAUGCUCUCCUAUGCGAAGCAGAUUAAGCAGAAUCACACGGCGGUGCGCAAAGUAGCCGGACAACUACAGACGCAGAUCAAGCAAGCGGUGGAGGAGAUCCGAUCGGAUCCGGAUAUGUCACGAGGAGAUAUGGACAAUCAAGAGGAUCAUCCCCGUAUAGCGCAAUUGAGCCUAGAGUCUCAGAGUACUUGAUACAGAUUGUAAAGACCGAAGAAAUCCG